AUGAAUGAGAAAGCGCAGGCUUAUAAUAAUAUCGAAUCUAAUAUAAGGCCAGAUUUAGAUGAUCAUGCGUGUUCGGUACUGUUAAAUUUAGUUUUAGAGCAUGGACUCCAACGUGGUUGGAAUACUGAUCUAGAACCUAUCCUCAGAACCUUACAUAGUAAGAUGCUAGAGUUUCGGUGCAAAUAUGGUGUAAUGGAUGAAGUUAACGACAGAAAGUGA